GCUGAAUCACAUGACAAGAUCGGAAACGGAAGUCAAACUAUGCCUACAAUCGUAAUGUAGUUUGUUACUUUUUUGAAGUAAAUUGCCGAAUAAAUAUUUGUUAAGUUGUUAUAAUUUCCUCAAAUAUAUUUAAAUCUAUAUCUGAAACUUGUUAGUACAGAAUUCGCUAUACGAUUCGUCUGUUAUUCUGACUACACUAUAAAGUUUUCUUUUAGUUAUUAUUAAAUUAUAUAACCCUCAAUUAUCGCUCUUUAACAGCACUCUUGGAAACAUGCAUUUUCAUUAACUGGUUGCAAAUUAUUUUUCAGACAUACGUUUUCACAAAGCUUAACAAUGUCGGAUAGAAAGCGAAAAACAAUAGAAGUAGAGGGGAAUAAAUUGAAAAAGAGACAAAAAAAGUCUAAUGAAACUGAUGGAAAACUUAAUGAAACGGCGACAGAAAUUAAAGUUAUGAAAUAUGUUGAAAGUCGUGCAAUGGAACUUUCAAACAUGAUGCUUGCGUGUAACCGUAUAAAGCAAAAUAAAAAAGUUACUCAAAUGCUUCCAAAUCAUAUGAGAAGACGGGCAGCUAGUCAUAACGCAAAGAGACUUCCACUCAGAUUGAGAGCUGCGGCUGAGAAGAGCAUGGAACAAUCUCAGCCAACGAAAACUAAACGUCCAUCAAGAAGGCAUCGGCGAAGACCAAAAAAUUUACUGGCAGCCUAUUUAAAAAGGCAACAGAGUAAAUUUUGGUUGGAGACGCAUAUAUGGCACGCCAAGAGAUUUAAAAUGAUGGAAAUGUGGGGUUAUAAAAUUCCUUUAAAGCCAAGUGACAAAGGGAAAAGAGCAGCGUACAGAGCUACAAAAAGGAACUGCACAAUUCAAGAUAUAUCUUAUUAUGAGUGCAUUCAAGUAAGUGGACGACAAGAGGAUAUUACUUCCUGUCUUCUUCCAUUAUUUAGCGAGAAGACUGGUUUGACCUUAAAAGCAAAAUCAUUGAUGAAGGGUAAUCGGGAGGGUAUGGCGAGCAUUUUUAAGAAGAAUUCAUAUCCUUUUAAGUCUCUAGGAUUGAUAAGAUUUCUGUGGGAUCCUUGCGAAAAUUUAUCAUUAAAUUCAGAGCGAAAAUUAUGGAUUUUUGUCCACCCUUCCUCAGUGGUUGAAACUAUGAAAGAGGUUUUGGAUUGUUGCUGCAUACCAUAUUUAGAUGACUAUGAGGCGUACAACGAAAAAUUAAAGAAGAAAUCUUCAUCCUUAUCGAGUACAUUCUUACAUCAUAAAUUCUUUUGUUCGAGAAAGUUUCAUAACGCGAAAAUUUCAAUUGAUUGUUUCGACAACAAACUGAAUAGAUUUAGAUUGACUGGUCCUCUAUCAACUAAAAUUUUGAAAAAAGUUUUCCGUAGUAUUGAUAUAAAAUUUGAAAGUGGGGAAAAUGAAUAUUGGUGGAGUAAAUAUUAUGAAUCAAAUAUAAAUAAGGAUAUAUUUAACAAACAGAAAUCUUAUUUUAAUUCUUCUCUGGAGAGUAUGGCAGAUGGCGGUGUUUUAGGGUUAGUAAUUGGUGAUCCUAGACUUAAGUCAGCAAAAGCUGAUGAUAAUUUAGAAGAGGGAGAGUCCGAAGCUCUUCUGUCAGAAUGUGCACCUGAGAACGUUCACAUUUCGCCCCUGUGGAUUGAUGACGUAAGGAAGCAGCUGAGAAAAAAAAUCUCCGAUGGUGAUUUAAAUAAACUAAAAGAAAAGAUUACUGUACCCGAUGCGCAAGUAGAAUUAGGAACUAAUGAAUCCCGAAUUCCUGUCAUUCUUAUUUAUCGAUCAGGAAAAAGAGUAAGAAGAGAUCAAAAUCAUAAUUCAUUUUUCAAUGGUGCUUCUUCCCUUCUUGGAUAUACGAGCGGAUGGGAUUUGAUAAUACCCAGCGCAUGGGGAAUGCCUUUUUGGAUGUCAUUUAUUUAUAAUGGAUGUCGAGCAGUAGGGUUGGAAGAAUUCGAGAGAAGGUUCUCAAUCGUAAUCUUCUAUACCCUAAUCUCCAACCAGAUACUUUAGCUGGCGAAGACCUUGAAAAUGUCUAUUUUAAAGAACACAACGAUAAACAUUUACGUAUGCCACCAGCCAAACGUCCUAAUUAUGAAAAACUGCAAAGCUAUUCACCAUUUAAAUGUCCCUGGCAAGAAUUGAUAAAUAUAUGGAACAAUAAGGAAUCCGAUUCGUUCUACGUCCUUAGAGAUAGAUUUUUACUAAAGCAAAUAGAUAACUUAUUGAAGCCAGCAUCAAAAAGAAAUCUUUUUGUUUGUGACAAAGAAGUCAGAAAUCGCCUAAGCUUAUCCCUUCAGGAGAUUGCUAAAGGAAACGAAUCGUGUUUAGUACCUGUACAAAUUGAUGCUAUAAACAGAGGAUGCUGCGAAAGCCUUUCAAUGAUUUGCAUACCAGACAAGCCGGAUCUAAAAAAGAUGCUUGAAAAAUCCGAUUAUUUUGGACCAGCAGAAACAAUUGCAACAACAACUUCUACAAAAACUGCCAUAAAUAUUAAACGGUCAUCUAGAAAAAUAAUCGGGUACAUCGGACUUAACGGUGGAGGAUAUUGUUUUACAACCGGAAAAGGGUCAGGUAUAGGCUUUGUCUGUUUAACCUCUCUAGCGGCUCUUCUCCAAGUUGGAAAACAGACAUUAACACCAACAGUAUUAAUUAGGGAUUCAAAAAGUUUGCAAUAUCGUUUUGGUAAACUAGCAUGUUUAAUAUAAUCGAAAAUGAAUUGUUUGUAUAGCCAUUGUAAAAACGUUGUUAAGGGAAUUUAGCUAAAUAGUUGUUGAUAAUUUAAAAUUUCUAAUAUUUUUUCUCUUUAAAAGAAAGAAAAUGAUUUAGAAAAC